AGUCACUCAAUUAAGAGGAAAAAUACGUACAAAAUUAACAGGUACAUAACCAACGAGCAAAGUCGAACCUCGAGAACAAGUGAGGCGACAAUAAUAGGGCAUGACGAGCUAUCAAGUGAGCCGCCCUAUUUCGAACACGUCCAACAAACCGAACAUGGUAAUUACAGUGCGCCCUAACCAAAUGAGCAAUCUCAAUCAACAAAGAACCAACCUUCGCAUCAUGAGUGACCCCAUUAUUGCAAUGAUCGAUUAGAGUUUUUGCAUCUCCCAUAAACAAAGCCGAAUCCAAUAAUUCGUUCACACAGUAACGCAUAGCAUUGCGCAAAGCCAGAGUCUCAAUAGUUAUCAGAUCAGUUGUAUUCGGAUACUGAUGAGCGAAAGCAUGAAGUAAUAAAUUUAUCCACCCAUCGGGCGGGCCCAAAGCUAGUUAAUAGUUAUUCGUUUUAUUAGUUCAAUAAAAGUAUAAAACUACCAAAUUUUAAUGUUCGUCAUUGAUAGUAGGCAAAAUACACUUGUAUAGCCAUAACUUUACCAUUUGUGACAAUAAUAGCCUAAUUUUGAAAAAUACACAAAUAUAGCCACAUUUUGAAAAGUAUAUUGACAGGUUUAGUCAUUUCAGAAAAAAUCUUUAACACCGUCAGUAUCUUUGUCUGUAAAGUGAACGUUAUGCUGAGGUGGACGCCACAUCAGCUCACACGUCAUCUCCAACAAGAACACAAUGCCACAUGUACUCCACGUCACAUUUUAAUUAAAAAAUUAAUUACUUUAUUUUUUAAUAAACAACUCAUACCUACCACCGCCUGCCAAAAAAUCCCCCUAGCCCACCGGCCACCACCCCAAACCCUUGCUCCUCCCAACUAAGUCUCCAGGUGCCUCCAUCCUUGUUCCUUGCCUAAUCGAUUUCUCUCCCCAAAAAUCCCUUCUACCUUCCGCCGCAAAAUCAUCGCCUUUCUUUCCCAUAUUUCCAGAUAGAAGAAAUCAUCGCCGAUUCAGAGCUCUCCCUAUUUCUCGCCUCGCCAUACCAAAGCCACAAAACCCACAAGAAUCCAUCCCAAAUUAAUUUGAUUUCGAUCUGAAAACCUAACCAUUGCUCCCUUCUCCCUGUCGUCUUCUUCUUCCUCUCUCCACCUCCCACUACCCGCUCGCGAUGGCGGCUGAAGAUGAAGGAAAUCCAAUCGGUAAACUCAGGUCGUUCUCCCCCAUGGCAUCGGGAUUUGGGGGUGAUGUCGACAUACUGCGGGAUGGCUGCUUGAUGAUGGGACACAUGGCGGAGGAGGAGGAGGAGGAGAACAGUGGUAUGGAAAGGGAUGGUUGGGUCGUGGAUGGUGGAUGGUGGGGGGUUUGGGAGGAUUCAGGGGGCAAAACCAGGGGAGAGGAAGAAUCAACGUUGAUGGGACUUGGGAUAGGGAAGUGAGAGGAGGAGAAGGAAGGGAGAGAUGGAGACGAGUUGGAGCAGACGACUCUUCAUUUCUUAUUUUCUUUCUUUUGGUUUUUUGUUUUUUUUAUAUAAUUAGUAUAAGAAGGGAAGAUUUUUUUUAUAUAGGAAAGAAGGGAAGAUUUCACGUGGCAUUGAUUUUGACAGAAAUUGCCACAUCAUAAAUAAAUCUUAGUCCAGUCAGCGUGUAUCUAAAUGUUGUUAAAAUUUUGGACGGAAUGGUUAUUUUUGUGUAUUUUUCAAAAUCUGACUAUUAUUGUCACAAAGUGCAUAUUAUGGCUAUACAUAUGUAUUUUGCAUUGAUAGUACCUGAACAUUUAUUAAACAUUGACAACCAAUAAUUUAGUUGGUGACAUUUUUUUAUUGAGUUUGCAACUAAAUUAUUUAGUUUUAUUUUUAUUUUUAUUAAAAUUCAUAAUUAAUAAUAUUUGAUUGUAAAAACUGAAAUUUAAUAAAUUAUUAGACUGUCAAAUCAUUUGGUUGGAACAAAUAAAAAUAUUGCUACCAAAAUUAUUUGGUUGAUAAAAGUGUAAAUAAUUUUGAUACCAAAUGAUUUGGUCUUUCGCAAUUUGUAUAUGGUUAUUGAUACUUUGAUUUUAAUAAGCAACCAAUUUAUCAUUAUUUUAGCUCCAAAAUAUAAUUAAAUAAUAGCUUUAUCUUAACCAAUUUAGUUUGGUUGUAAGAAAAUUUGUUGCCAAACCAAAUUCUCGUUGAAGUGAUUGUGAGUUGUGACACCCUAAUUGCAUUAGCCUGCACCAUCAGUCUUCAACUUAUGUCAGCUGUCUAUAAGGGAGACCAACUUUUUUUUUUUUUUUUGACAAAUGAUGAACUUUAUUCCACUCUGAUGAAACCAUAAACGGCGGUUACAAAGAUAAAGGAAAUCGGAAAUUAGAUCAAGAAUACUAAUUCAGUCAUCUAAAAGUGAAUUUCUCGCCAACGACCGAGCCACCCAAUCAGCUCUAGCAUUAAAUUUUUCUAUGAACAAACUUGACCUCAACGCGAUUUGAGGCCUGAAGGAUCGAUUUCAUGGAUCCCAUCCAUGCUGCUCCCCUCCAUGGCCAUCUCGCUUUGUCAUGCCUGAGUGCUUGAACAAGAUUAAGACAGUCUGAUUGGACUAUACAUUCUCCUCCAUAUUCUUGGGCUAAUUUGAGACCUUCCAAAAGCGCCUUCGUUUCUGCUUCAAACGAGGUGGAACAAAGUAAUGUGUCAGCUCGCUCAUCGCAAACUUGUCCAUGGUGAUUAACAACAACAACACCAUAAGCCGCCGGUUGGGAGUCGCUUAUGAACGACCCAUCACAGUGAAGGGGCAUGAGUAGCCUAGUGCCAAAGAGAUGUGGAGUUCCAAGUUGUUGUCCAGUCUUAAGUCUUAUCAUACUCGUACCUAGCAUUAACGACUGAGGGAGAGGGUAAUAGGAUGGGUCUACUCAGGACGAAAAUAGUAAUUUUUUUAUAAUCAUAUGUAUUAUUUCAAUUAAGAUAGUGAUCUUGUCUAUCCACACCUCGCCAGCAUCCCAAUGACAAUCUAUAUGUGCCAUUAUAUGGACUGGUCCAUUCGCCUCCCUCCCAACAAACUUCCAGUCUAUGAAAUGAAAAUCCCGGCCCAUUCUAAUGAAUUCAUCAUAGACCC